GAUCGUCUCGAUUGAAAUUUGUUUAUAGAGUGUUACACUUUUUUAUUUAAGUCAUAAUUGAUGAUUGUAUGUAGACACCUAGUUUUUACUACUCGAUUGCUACUGCCUUUUGUUUUCUUCUUGUUAAAAGAGUACUUGGUUUUCUACAUAGUUUCUUGGAUUUAACACAGGCGCAAAAGAUAUUUUCUUAUUACCUACCCACCUACAAUUGAUGUAAUUCACAGCUAAUAAUAAUCUGGUUACAUAUCGCCAUCUUCGAGCUAACAAAGGAGAAAGAGCCACAUAUAUGUAGGAGAUACUGCAACUUCAAAUUAUUUGUGAAAGAUGUUUGCAUAACUGCUCAGAUAUAAAAGUUAGUUAGCUGCUAUUAUACCACUAACAAAUGGCAGAAAAGAGGCCAACCUACAGGAAAAAAGAAUUAACUUUUGUGAUACUCGUCUGAUGGUUCCACGAUUGCUCAAAGAUUCUGUAAUGACUUUCUUUUUAGUGUUAAAUAAGUUGUCACAUAAAUUACAAUUAAAAGGCCAUAUAUACACACACACAUAUACACCGUCUGCAAUCAAUCUCCAAACUAGCUCGUGAUGUGGAACUUAGUUCAAAGUUCCACAUAUAACAGCUGAAAAGAAAAAAAUAUCUUAAUCGUAAAGUGUUAGAUAUUCUAAUGGUGUGAGACUUAUGGAGAAAAUCAUAGAAGUUUGGCUCAAAGUGGGCAAUAUCACUAUCAUGUUAAGAGUAUAUUGGGUUGUUUCUUUUUAGCCCAACAGAUAGUUAUAGUAAAAUACCAUUCAACAAGAGUUUAGAGUAAGAGGAUGCCAUUGUUCCUUGGCAUCCUUGAGCUGAGGUCUAUCAAAAACAAUCUCUCUACUUUCGAGGUAGGGUCGAAGGUAGAGGUAAAAUUUGUGUAUACUUUGCUCUCUCCGGACUCCACUUUGUGGAAUUACAUUGGGUAUGUUGUUGUUUUGCAUUGUUCCUUGGCACCCAGAUGAUUUGUAUCUUUCCUUUGCAGAUUCUUAACAGUGAAGUGCUUGUAACCUUAUUAGUACCACUUCCAUAUUUCCAAACUAUAGUUUAUAGAACUCCGAAGAUCAAGAAUCCGAGAUAAUGACCGUGGCUUGUUGAAGGAUUUUCAUUUGCAUAAAUUAUUCCGUGUAUCACUAUCAUUUUGUAGAAACAAACGAAAGAAAACAAACCAAGAAACAAUUCUCUUAUUGGUUUCUCCAAAUUCAAAACAGAUGGUAUAGUAAAAAUAAAAAAGUGCAGGCCGCAACAUUGUCCAUAUUGAUUGAGGAAUAUUCUGUUGUAAUCUGUGUAUGAACUCAUUUUCCAAGUAAGCAAUGAUGGGAACCUGAAAUUUAAAAUACCAUUUCAACAUCUAUCACCCUGUCUGUUUCGGAUCAUUAAAGUCUUCCACCAAUUUUACCUGAAAAUUUGCUCUUCAUUUCUGUGAUUCUUACUUCCUUUAUUAAAUACAAAAAUACCUUACAGUUCUGGUUUUACAUUGUUCCAUGGACUGCGAUCAUGCAAAAGAAAAGAAGCUGGAAGAUGAACCGAGAAAUCUGAUAGCUUGUCUGCCAAAGGAAAUAGCACUUGACAUAAUCUCAAGGCUUCCUAUUUCGUCUCUCAUUCAGUUCAGGUUUGUAUGCCAAACCUGGAACAUGUUGACCCGUGAUUCACGCCUUGUUGAUAUGCAUCUAUCUCGUGCAGUGAAUAUUAACCCAUGCCUCCUCUUUACGACUUACCAUCCUAAAAAAGAGCAGCUUUUCUUUGUUGAACUGUCUGAUCGUCAUGAUGAUGAGCACACAUUGCAAGAGAUUCAGAUUCCCUUUUCAACAUCCAUGGACUUAUUUCGAGUAGUAGACUCAUGCAACGGCCUGCUAUGUCUAUCUGGUGUCUAUGACCAUGAAGAAGCAUACAUAUACAAUCCUUUCACCAGAGAAUACAAAAAGCUGCCAAAUUGUAAUGAGCUUGAUGUGAAUGAGGUGGUUUAUGGUUUCGGAUUUCAUCCUGCUACUAAUGAGUACAAAGUGAUCAAAAUAGGCUACUAUCCUCAUGUCUAUUAUGUACCUUGGUGUUUUCACAAGUCCGUAAAAUAUGGGUAUCCACUCUCAGAGGUUCACGUGUUCAGUCUGAAAAGCAAUACUUGGAGAAAGUCAGAGGAAAUACCUUACAAGCUUUAUAAUUCUCCUGGGGUUUUAGUUGGUGGAAAGCUCCACUGGGUGACUAGAUUUAACUGGCACCUUGAUCGCCUUAUCAUUGCCUUUGACCUAUCUAAUGAUACAGUUCAAGAGGUUUCAAGGCCUGACUUCACUGUCAACUUAUAUUAUUGUAGAUAUCAUCUUGCUGCCCUAGGAGGGUGCCUAUCCGCAUGUUUAUUAACCUCUAAUGGCGAGAACUUGGAAAUUUGGAUCAUGGAAGAAUAUAACAAGAAAGAGUCUUGGAUGCACAAGUUCAAUAUUGGAUCUUCCUCAAUUUUGGGUCAAGAUUUGCCCGAGUCAUAUGACAUAUGGAGGACUAGUUUGCAAAAGGAAACUGUUACAGUGAUGUGCCUCCUCAAUAAUGGUGAUAUCUUGCUCGAUUGUCAAGGUGGGAUUUUAAUUGCCUAUAGCACAGACAAGAAAAUCUUGAAGAGCAUAAGCCUUUGUGGUAUGCCGAAGUCCUGUAAAACAACUGCUCAUGUAGGAAGCCUCAACUGGAUUGAUAACUUAGCUUAAAGUGGAAAACAAUGCCUUUGUAUCCCUUUGGCAGGAGUAUAUUGUUCUUUUAUCUCCCUGUAUCACUUGAAAUUCUGAGGAGUGAUGCAUACCUUAUCUUUGUUUGUGGCAGUCCCUAUUUGAACUUGUCAAUUAUAGUGUCAAAAAAAACUUUUAUGGCAGUGUAGCUUAGCUUUCUCAUCAAGACGCAAUUCUCGUCUUUGUUUCUCCAUGUUAAGCAAAUCAAAAAGUGCCGGCCAUAUCAUGACGGAUUCUCAUGCCUUAAGCUGUUUAAUUGAGGAAAGUUCUGAUGCAAGCUGUUAUUUAUGCAUCAUUGUCCUGAUAAACAGAUAAACAUUGAUAGAGACAUGAAAACUGGAAUACUAAUUUCUGUAACGGACAAAAAUAACAUAGUCAAAACUGUUGGUUGCAAUUACCUCGUCUGUUUGUUAUGAUUGAUGUUUGUAUACAAGUCUUUAUCCUGAAGGGAAGCCUUGGAGUAACUGGUAAAGUUA